CGUUUAUUUAGCGCAGUUAUGAAAAAAUAAAAUGAAAUUAUAUUUCCUCUUUUUCCUCAUUUGUACGAUAAGUAGAGGUACUUAUGGAUCGGUAUACACAAUAGAUGAUUCCCAUGGACUUGGUCGUCGUUAUGACGGGUUUGGUGCCAUAAGUGGAGGAGGGGCCACAUCAAAACUAUUGGUGAAUUAUGAAGAGAAUAUUCGGUCACAGAUUUUAGAUUUCUUGUUCAAGCCAAACUUCGGGGCCAGCCUCCAAAUCCUCAAGGUGGAGAUAGGGGGAGAUGGGCAGAGCUCUGAGGGUGCAGAAUCAUCCCACAUGCACUCUGCUGAUGACGAGGACUACACACGUGGCUAUGAGUGGUGGAUGAUGAAAGAAGCCAAGAAGCGCAAUCCUGCCAUCAAGCUUGCAGGUCUCCCUUGGUCCUUCCCAGGUUGGGUAGGAGGAGACACUACCUGGCCCUAUACACACCCAGAGGUUACUGCUAAGUACAUCACCAAGUGGGUCAUAGGGGCACAGAAGUACCAUAAUCUCUCCAUAGAUUAUAUUGGGGUUUGGAAUGAGAAACCCUAUGAUGUGCAGUAUAUAAAGAUUCUGAGACAGAUGCUAGAUCAGGCUAGCCCUCAUACCCAGAUAAUCGCAGCAGACAUAUUGGGUCAGAAUGGAUUUGAUAUCAUCAGAUACAUGCAGAAGGACCCAGAACUGAAUCGAUCAGUGUCCAUUGUUGGAAUACACUACCCAGGGACUAACAGUCCUAGUUAUGCACAAGAAUCACAUGUACAGUUGUGGUCCAGCGAGGACUACAGUUCUUUGAAUGAUAACGAGGGUGCUGGUUGCUUGGCAACGGUCCUGAAUAAGAAUUACAUUAAUGGUUACUUCAGUGGAACAAUAACAUGGAACCUCAUUGCCAGUUACUAUGACAACCUCCCAUACACAAGAAAGGGUUUGAUGACAGCAGAAGAACCUUGGAGUGGUUAUUACUCUGUUGAGCCACCUAUAUGGAUAACUGCCCACACCACCCAGUUUACUUCAAUAGGCUGGUACUACCUGAAGCAUGGCUCUGGAGUGGGUUACCUAGAUCAGGGGGGAAGCUACGUUACAUAUCUAAGGCCUGGGGGUGAUCUCACUAUUGUUAUAGAAACAAUGACUCAUGACCACUCAGUGUGCAUAAGACCUCCUUAUCCACCUUACGAAGUGAAACCUCAGAAUGCAACCUUCAAAAUACAAGGGAGCAUGAAGAUGGUUGAUCAGCUCUACCUCUGGUAUAGUGCUCUUAAGUUUGAUGGCAGCAAGUCAACACUCUUCCAACAGAUGACUCCUGUCAAAGUUGUCAAUGGUCAGUUCUCAAUUUCUGUUGGCCUAGAUAGUGUCUACACAUUGUCCACUAUCUCUACUGGCCAUAAAGGAUCUUUCCCUACAACUGCUCAAUCAAAGCCUUUUCCUAAACCAUACAAGGACUCCUUUGAUUCUUACCCAGUUAGCAGUGAAGCAUUCAAUUUUGCUCAACAAGUAGGUGUAUUUGAGACAGCUAAGUGUAAAGAGUUGUACAGAGGUCUCGUUCUGCGCCAGGUUGUGACGAGACAUCCAAUACACUGGUGCCCCCUGCCACUGCUGCAACCCAUCAAUGUCAUUGGCAACUUUAACUGGUCAGACAUCACUGUUACUACUGACACCUACAUUGACACUAAAGAUGGCGCUGAGGGAGCAUUCAUUGCAGCACGUGUUGAUAGAGGAGGCUGUAAUGCAUGGUUAGCUCAAGGGGUCUUCUUUUGGAUUCUUCCUGAUGCACAACAAUUCCAGAUCAGCACAGAUAUAGCAAGGGCCUACAUGGUGAAAAGUGGGAAUGUCAAGUUAGCCAGAGAUACAUGGUAUACCCUCCAGCUACAGGUUAAAGGAAAUGUAGCAAGUGCCUUCGUCAACAAAACUUUAGUUUUCAAUGGGACAGUGAACUCAAGUUCAAAGCAUGGAUUUGCUGCUAUGGGAUUAAGUUCAUUCGGAUAUGGCAGUUUUGACAAUUUCAUGGUCACCUGAUCUACCACAAACAACUGUAUCUGAGGACAUGUUUGAAUAAGUAACAUACCAUGAUAGCAUUACCAUUGACUGCCAAUUUAAUGAGAAAUAUCACAUGAACCAAAGAUGUACUUGAUCGAUUAAGUCAAUUAAUUUAAUGAUGGACCUGUAAUAGCACAUGAACCAAAGGUGUUCUUGAAUUAAGUCUUAAUUUGAAGAUGGACCAGUAAUCCAAGUCCACUAGGCCAUGUCUUGUUUUUCUGAAUUUUUCUUGAUUUAGAUUUAGAGGAAGGGUGAAGCCCUGCAUUCAGGCCCCACAGCCCUCCUCCAGGGGCCUGUUGAGAGUUCUGUUCCUUUUUUGCCAAGUGUACAGAAUCACACUAGUAUCAUUAAUUUUAUUUUAAGACCCUGUACAUGUUUCCUUAUCUCAAUUUGGUUUCAUUUUUUAUACAUUGUUAAUAUGAAUACUUGUUUGUAUCUCUAUAUGAAUAAUAUUGUUAUUUAAAAAUAUUGUGUACAGUUUUGAUACUGCUGUUAAAUCAUCAUCCAUGACCUAUCAAUGAUCAUGUACUAUUAUCAAGUAAUAUUAUCAUGUAGAUGUACUAUUAUCACAUCAUAUUACAGCAUGCUAUGCUAUAAAACAGCAUGUGAUUGCCAUAAUGUCCUUUUAAAUAUUAAUACAGUGAAACCUGUAAACUGGAACACCUCUUGAAGUGGAACAC